CGAGCGUCACAUGAUGUGAGCAUUUGUUGAUUUUUUUCUGUUUUGGAAAUAAACUGUUGAACAACUUAUGUAACAUGGACGGAAUAUGGGUUUUACCAGAGACUGAAGAGAGGCGGAGCUCCUCAGAAGGUACUAAAGAUCCAGUUGCAUCUGAACGUUUGAACCUGCUUCAUAUGGUCCGGCAGAGUAUUAAGGGACUCCUUGAUCCUGCAUUCAUCUAUAUGAGAACACUGGACAUUAACUACCCUCCUCUUAUGCAGUUCUUUGUUGUAAUGGAACAUUGCCUUAAACACGGCUUGAAAGUUAAGAAAACAUUCCUUGGACAAAAUAAGUCUUUCUGGGGCCCCUUGGAAUUGGUGGAAAAGCUGGUUCCUGAAGCAGCAGAAAUUGCUACCAGUGUGAAGGAGCUACCAGGCAUCAGAACCCCAGUAGGGAGAGCACGAGCAUGGCUUCGUCUUGCCUUGAUGCAGAAAAAGCUUUCCGAUUAUAUGAAGGCCUUAAUUAACAGGAAGGAUCUCCUCAGGUUGGUGUUGUAGACUUCUCUUUGUGUUUGAAGAACUGGAGUCAAGAGAGUAAAGCAGCUAAAGAGAAUGAAAAACUCAGUGAAAUUCUUGAUCAGAAGAACUACAUAGAAGAAGUAAACAGACAGCUAAGUGCCACCAUAAGUAAUUUGCAGACCAAAGUAGACAGCUUGGAAAAAUCAAAUGCCAGAAUGACUGAGGAGCUUGCGGUAGCAAACAACCAAAUCUUAACUUUGCAGAAGGUUAUACAGCAAGCACAAAGACAAAACAUUAAUUAUCCGGACGCAGACUGUAAGGUAACUAGAGAGGAUGGAUCUGACAGACAAGGACUGACUGAAACAAAAAAACAGCUGAAAGAAGAGACACAGCUACGACUGGAUGUUGAACGAGAGCUGGAGGUGCAGAUUGGAAUGAAGCAGGAGAUGGAGCUGGCCAUGAAGAUGCUUGAGAAGGAUAUCUGUGAGAAACAGGAUGCAAUUGUAUCCCUUAGGCAGCAGCUAGAUGAAACUAGAGUCCUCAAUCAUGAGCUCACUCUAAAAGUGCAGAAUUCAGAUUCUGCAUUAAAACAGAAGAAUGAUUUAAUAAAAGGCUUAGAAGAAAAAAUGCAUCAGAUGGUUGCCGUAACAAAACAAUUGGAACAAAGAUUGCGACAGACAGAAAAGGAUCGACAAUCAGCUGUGGAUGCAACCAGGCUUUUCAAGUCUGAGUUUGGCGACAAGAUUGCCAGUCUGCAACAAGAAGUGGAAUGUCUGACAGUGCAACGGAACCAGCUGGAGCAAAAAUUGAAAAAUGAAUGGGAAAUACGAUCCGUCACACAGAAUGGUAGUCAGGGAAACCUGAGCUCAGCUUCAGUAUCAGUGGGUAAUAAACAACAGCCUGCAUUAGUAGAGUCACUAAAAAUAAAAGUGCUUGACAUCUGUCAGCUCUGUCAAGAAGAAGCCUCUUUAACUAAAAGAAAGAAUGUGUGCAAGAACUGCAGAGGCAUAUUUUGUGAAACAUGUUCUGCCAAUAAGCUUCCACUACCAUCUUCAAUCAAUCCAGAAUGUGUUUGCAACCCUUGCCACAAACAACUCUUAGACCAGUACUCCUCAAGUCCAUUGUUGAAGGACACAACUGAUUGUUCUUAAAAAAAGUCACAUUUCAUUAGUAUGGCUCUGAAGUACUUUAGCUUUGUCCUUUGCCAUUUGAUGGAUUUGCUUUCUGGUUUUCUUUGCCCAUCAGUUUGUUGUUAUAGAAUUAUCUGUACAAUCUGCUUUUAAACACUUGAGUACAGCCUACACAACUUAUCAUCCUACAUUUUCAAGAUGUGAUUAGAAUAAUUUCAGGCUGUUAUCUAGCAAAAUUAAAAGCCGAAAGAAGAUGAUCAUCUAGCAAAGUUCAGUGUGAGGGAACAUUGAUGAAUCAAACCUUGAUUUGCUAGCUACCGUGUUUAGCAUAAAGUACCAGAUAACACUGCUGUCAGCAGAAAAAGUAGAAUUUCAGAAAUGUACAAAAACCUGAUUUAACUUUUGAAAUCUGUAAAUAAAUGAUGCUUCACAGAUUUUCAUAUUUUCUUAUUGGCCAAUACUCCCAAGCCAUAGUAUCCUACAGACUUAGAGACAUUAACUGACACACACUGUUAAAAUAUGAAAAUAUGUAUAGUUACUUUAUUUGUUAUGCCGCUUUAUUAUUAUUUUUCUUUAAAUAUUGUGGAGCCUGCUGCUGUGGCCAGGAAUGUAUUAUUUAAAUGGUAUUUUGCCUUUUGUGCAUUGCUUUUCCCCAUGUUGCUCAUUAAGAUAUCUUCAGUGGAAAUGAGCAUAGUGGUUGUGAGAAAGGUAGCUGAUUUGGAUGUUUCAUUUCUACUCUACAUGUUGACAUUGUUAUCAUAUCUCUGUAAUAAACCAUGCUGAUUACUUCUAAAAAUGGAUGUAAAAAUUUGAUCUCUUUUCUACGAAAACUUAGUAACAGGUGCCAGCACAGCCCAGACGAUAAAAUACCUGUAUCCUGUUCAGUAAGAACUCUGACAGCUCUAGAUGAUACAUUUUGGUAAUUUCCAGAAAAAAAAAAGUUAUCUUUAUGGUUAUGCAUCAUGAGAAAAUAAAGUACUAAAACAUUGAUCAAUUUAA